AUGACUGUGACUCUUUGCAACUGCUUCGUACGACCCCCACCCCAAAAAAAUGAGUUCAAACAAAAGAGGCCACCCACAUGUCAUUCUGCAGCGGCCUCAUCAAUAUUCAUGCCCAGCGCUGACUUUACCUGCCAGAGAGGAUUCAUCAGCGCUAUGCUCCUCACCCCCUUUACAAAGUCCGCUAAUGAGCAGGAAUGUGAGCGGAUCAUUGGGCCGCUACGGCAGCUGUCGCGGCAGGGGGGCUCUGUCAUUGGUCGGCUGUUGUUUGCUGCCAACGAUGCCCCCCCAAUAGGACAAUAG